CAGGGAAAGAUACCGCACCAUUUCAUGGAAUGUGCACAUGAGUCACCCAGAUGCAGAUAAGGAGAAAACCUCUCAUGGACUCCAUUCGUCUUGCUUGUAAAUCCAUCUAUCAUCCUAAAAGAAACUUAACUGUGGAUGAACGAAUGGUGGCAUGCAAAGCACACACCGGUAUGACACAGCACAUGAAAGCCAAGCCAAACAGGUGGGGGUUGAAGCUGUUUGUUCUUGCAGACGCAUCGAAUGGAUACACUGUGGACUUUUUUAUGAAUCAAACAGGCCAUGGACUGUCAUAUGAUGCCGUAACAUCUCUUUUGGACCACACAUUUUUGGGUUCUGGGUACCAUGUGUACAUGGACGAUUUCUACACAAGCCCAAAUCUCCUAAAAGACUUGUUGGCAAUGAAGUUUGGUGCAUGUGGGACUUACAGGGACAACAGGAAGGACUGCCCUCGAAAUGCAGCUAAUUCUCUCUCUAACAAAUCUGCCAGGGGGUCCAUCAGGUGGAUUCGGGAUGGACCUCUUGUGUUUGUGAAGUGGAUGGACACACAAGAGGUAUCUGUCUGUUCUACUAUCCAUUCUGCUUAUACGGGAGACACUGCGGAGAGGAGGGUGAAAACCCAAGAUACAUGGAGGACAAAUACAUUUCCAUGUCCUGCACCUGUGACUGCAUACAACCGGCACAUGGGAGGUGUUGACCUGUCUGAUCAGCUGUUACAGUACAACACAACACAGCAGAAAACCAUGAAGUGGUACAGAAAGGUCUUUCUACACUUCUUGGACAUUGCUUCCACCAACUCUUUCAUUUUGCACAACGAGCUACAUGGUAACUUGUCUCAUAAAGAGUUUAUGGAGCAACUGAUCACAGAGCUCUGUGGUGUGUCACAGAAAACGGCACCAAAACGGAUCAAUAGUGACCAUGUACCGGUUCCAGGAGCUAAGCUGACAUCAGAUAACAGGGAUGUUGCCACAGUUGGUCGCCGCACAUGUGUGCAUUGCACAACAGCGCGUGGUAAAAGGUACUUAACUCCAUGGAAAUGCCAGGCAUGCAAUGUUCACUUGUGUCUCAAGUUGAACAGGAACUGUUUUCAAGAGUGGCAUAACAAUGUGUGACUGUGUACAACGCCAUGAAUGAGACUACUAUUUACAAUCAUAAGUAUUGUUGGGCCAAGGGUUUCAAACACCUUUUUUGGAAAUCUGGGGAAACAAUGUCUGUGGGAUAAACAGAUGGAUUCAUUUUGUCAAUGAUGUCUUUUAAACAAGCAAGAGACACUGGCUCAAACUGAUUAAAAACAAAGGAACAAACAGAAAAAGAAGACGUAUCAGCAGAAGGGUGAACAAUAUGAGCUCUAACAGUCCUAAUCUUGUCAAUUAAAAGCUGCAAAAAGUUUUCACAUGUUUCUUUGGAAAAUUCUAAGGUCAUUUGUUGAGAAGUAUUUAAAACAGAAUUAAUAGUGUGAAACAGAACACAAGGUUUAUGGACAUUAUUUGCAAUGACAUUUGAAAGAUAACUUGAUUUCUCCAUUUUUACAGUUUUUUGAUAUAUAGACAAGCUGUUGUUCAAGAUCUCAGACAGUCUUUUUUCCACUGACGUUCUGCACUCGUGCCGAGCAGCACGGGUAAUGUCAUUUAGCCACAGUUCAGAUUUUGGCCUUUGCACGAACAAACCUGAAAGGGGCAACAAUAUCCAGUGCAUUCUGACAAGAAGUAUAAAACAAUGAUGUUAACUCAUCAGUAUUGUAAUGCUGAGUGUUCACUGAAACUGCUUUGUGUGCAUACUGCAUCCUCCCAUGGCACUGUUAACUCUAUCAGUUUAACAAUGCAUGCUGAUCCAGACCACAAAACAACAUCUGGUCGGAGGUUAGUGGUGGCAAUCUCAGGUGGAAAAAUAAGCCGUUGAUCAAGAUCAGCCAACAUCUUCCAGUCCCUAGCAGCUUCCAGUUGUCCUGGGCGAGAAUUGGUUUUAACACCUUUUUUUAGUGGUUGCUCACCUGGGCCACCUUACAUCCUGUCAAAAUGUGCCUUAAUGUGGCAGGUGAUGAACACAAAGGACAAGAGGGAUCCUCUCUUACCCAGAGAUUUAGGUUCUGUGGUGAUGGGAGAACUUCAUAUGUUGACCUGAUAAGGAAACUGAUCCUACUCUCUUCCAUUGACCAAAGGUCUUGCCAGCCCAUCUUGCGUUUUUCCACACUCUCCCAUAUCAUCCACUCUCCUUGCUUGGCCUGGGAAAUGGCCUUUAUACACCUCAUCCUCUCCUCCUGCUUUCACACCUCAUUGACUACCAGCUUCCUUCUUUGAGCUGGGCCUGCUUUGUGCCAUUUAGGAGGAGCUAAACUGAGCCCAA